AUGCCAUCAACAUUGCGUCGAGCAUAUAAAAGUAUUGAAACACAUGCGAAAAAGAUUGGUAAACUUUCUGAAGUAAAGGAUCUGCUAGCCGAUUUGAAUACGAGUGCAGAAAAAUAUGACAAAUACCAGCGAGCUCUUCAGACAUCAGUGAUGCAUCAACAAAAAGUAUUACCCAUUUUAAAAGAACAAACACAAUCUAUGCAAGCACUUGUACGAGAAGAUCGUUUAGUCGAAAUUGGUCGUAUUAUCGAUCAUCAUCAAGAUACACUCAUUGAUAUCGAUGGAACUAUUUUCAAAGUCCAGAUCCAACUAACAAACUUCAUCGGAGUUAUCAGUGAUGAACAUAUUGAUGGAAUGAAAAAGACCAUAGAAUCUUUAACUGAAGAGAGUGUGACAGAACAACUCAGGGUUAUGAUUAAAGGGGCCACGGGAACCGUUGCUGGCACUGUUAUGGGAGCCUUAGCAAUCAAAACAGGUAUUGCAAUGGUUACAGUAACUACAGCAGCUGUUGCGGGUCCUGCUCUAGGCGUUGCCGGUGUUCUUGGUGGAAUCGGUAUGAUGGGCUAUGGAGGUUAUUGGGGUGUUAAUAAAUUUGAUCAGUACAAGGAACUAUCACAUUUCCAAAACGAAUUAACAGCAUUAGAGACGGAAAGAAUGAAUCUUCAAAUUGCGAUGGAGAAGGUACAGGAAGGAAUCACAGCCAAGCAGACAUCACUAAAAUCAAGCCAAGAGUCUCUGAGCAAGAUUGCUUAUCAUUGCAGCAAAUUCUCAAAAAUUCCCGGUUUUACACUUAAUAGUAAUCAACGAAGUGCGAUUAAUGAUGAACUGCUCAAUGCAGUUACGGAAUAUAAUCGUAUGAUGGCAGUCUAUUCUUUAUUUACAGAGAAUAUGGACAAUAAUGAUCGAGCACUUCCAUUGGAAUAA